CACGACAGGGCGGUGACGCGCGCCGGGCCGCGCCGGGUGAGGCGGCGGUAGUGGUGGCCGCCGGCGGGUCAUGCUGCUAAAGCUCCUGCAGCGCCAAACCUAUACCUGCUUGUCGCACAGGUAUGGGCCCUGUCUCUGCCUCGGAGGCCUCGUCCUCAUGAUCGUCUCCGCCCUGCAGUUCGGGGAGGUUGUCUUGGAGUGGAGUAGAGACCAGUAUCAUGUUAUGUUUGAUUCAUACAGAGACAAUGUUGCUGGCAAAUCAUUUCAGAAUCGGCUUUGUUUACCUAUGCCAAUUGAUGUGGUAUACACCUGGGUGAAUGGCACAGAUGUUGAACUGAUCAAAGAAUUGCAACAGGUCAGAGAACAGAUGGAGGAAGAACAGAAAAUAAUGAGGUGGGAAAUCCUUGGAAAGAAUGCAACGGAACCAACGAAGAAGAGUGAGAAGCAACUGGAGUGUUUGCUGACACACUGCAUCAAAGUGCCAAUGCUUGUCCUGGAUCCUGCGCUGCCGGCAAAUGUCACGCUGAAAGACCUGCUGUCUAUUCAUCCUGCUUUACAAGCUGCUAACAAUAUGUUCUUUGUAGCAAAACCAAAAAAUCCUUCUACCAAUGUGACAGUAAUUGUUUUUGAUAGUCCUAAGGAUGCUGAUGUUGCCCAUACUGGAAUGUUGAAAGACAGCAGUAAACAGAUAGUAUGGAGGGGCUACUUGACUACAGACAAAGAAGUUCCGGGUCUAGUAUUAAUGCAAGACUUAGCCUUUCUUAGUGGAUUUCCAGCUACAUUCAAAGAAACAAGUCAGCUACGAACAAAACUACCAGAGAGCCUGGCCUCUAAAGUAAAACUGUUGCAGCUGUAUUCAGAAGCCAGUGUUGCUCUCCUGCAGCUGAAUAACCCUAAGGGUUUCCAGGAACUGAGCAAGCAAGCAAAGAAGAACAUGACUAUAGAUGGAAAAGAACUGGUGCUUAAUCCUGCUUAUUUACUAUGGGACCUCAGCUCUAUCAGUCAGUCUAAACAGGAUGAAGAUAUUUCUGCCAGCCGUUUCGAAGAUAAUGAAGAGCUGAGAUACUCAUUACGAUCAAUAGAGAGACAUGCCCCUUGGGUACGACACAUUUUCAUCGUCACUAAUGGGCAGAUCCCUUCUUGGCUUAACCUGGAUAAUCCUCGGAUAAGCAUAGUGACACAUCAGGAAAUAUUUCAGAAUGUGAGUCACUUGCCUACCUUCAGUUCACCAGCUAUUGAAAGUCACAUUCAUCGUAUCAGUGGCCUCUCUCAGAAGUUUAUCUAUCUCAAUGACGAUGUUAUGUUUGGGAAGGAUGUUUGGCCUGAUGAUUUUUACAGUCACUCUAAAGGUCAAAAGGUUUACUUGACUUGGCCUGUGCCAAACUGUGCUGAGGGAUGUCCUGGCUCAUGGAUUAAAGAUGGUUACUGUGAUAAAGCCUGUAAUAACUCAGCAUGUGAUUGGGAUGGAGGUGAUUGCAUUGGUAACAGUGCGGGUAGUCGCUAUGUUGCUGGUGGAGGUGCUGUUGGAGGUAUUGGGAAUGGACCACCAUGGCAGUUUGGUGCAGGAAUAAGUGGUGUUUCUUACUGUAACCAAGGCUGUGCUAAUUCCUGGCUAGCAGACAAAUUCUGUGAUCAGGCCUGCAAUGUCCUCUCCUGUGGAUUUGAUGCUGGUGACUGUGGCCAGGAUCAUUUUGAGGAGAUGUACAAGGUGACACUUCAGCUUAAUCAGACCUACUAUGUUAUCCCCAAAGGUGAAUGUCUGCCCUACUUCAGUUUCAGUGAAAUAGCCAAGAAAGGAACUGAGGGUUCAUACAGUGAUAAUCCAAUUAUCCGACAUGCUUCAAUUGCUAACAAAUGGAAGACUAUCCACCUCAUCAUGAAUAGUGGCAUGAAUGCAACUGUGAUCUAUUUCAACCUUACAUUUCUAAACAAAAAUGAUGAAGAAUUCAAAAUGCAGUUAGUUGUCGAAGUUGAUACUAGAGAGGAACCAAAACUGAAUGCAACUUCUGUGCAGAAAUCCAGCUCUGAUGUUAAAACUGCAACUUCAGUACCAGAAGCUGAACUGAUAUUUGAAGAUAUUCCUGAAGAAAAACGUUUUCCAAGAGUCAAGAGACGUCGAAAUGGCACAAAAGAGAAUCUACAUGAAGAGGUGUUAAUACCCUCAGUAAAUGUAUCUCUCCUUCCUGAAGAUGUUCAGCUAGCACUGCAGAGCCUGGACUUAAAACUAUUAAAUGGUGAUAUCACUCAGAAAGGAUUUAACCUAUCCAAGGCUACUCUCCUGAGACCCUUCCAGUUUUUAACUACAAUAAGGACUAUUGUAGGCCUGGAAAAGAAGGGCAUGCAUAAUCAUUCAGAAGCUCCGAAGAACUAUACCAGCUGGCAGAAUCCUUAUAAGGAUGUAAACAAUAGCAAAAUAAAGUCGAUAAACGCAAAUGAAGAAGUUCCUUCAAAGCUUACAGGAACACAGAGGACUGUUGUGACAAUGAACACAAAUAAAGUAUUGAAUGCACUCAUAUUAAAGGAAACCCAGAAAUCAAAGCAAACUCAGAAUUUAGAUGCUGGAGAAGAUAAACAGCAGAUGGAAGGAGGAAAAGGCCGUGUGCAAAUGGGAACUACUGUAAGGGGGAGAUUAGUGCAAAGAAAAUUACAGUCUUAUGCUGGAAGCUACCAAGGCUUUUUACCAUGGGAGAGAAAGAAGUAUUUCCAGGACCUUCUUGAUGAAGAAGAGUCCUUACUCAAACAAAUGUCAUACUUUACUGAUGGUAAACAUUUUGGAAGGCAGCUGAAAGAUACAUUUGCUGAUUCCCUUCGAUAUGUAAAUAAGCUUUUAAACAGCAAAUUUGGGUUUACAUCUCGGAAAGUCCCUGCUCACAUGCCUCACAUGAUUGACCGCACUGUUAUGCAAGAGCUACAGGAUAUGUUUCCUGAGGAGUUUGACAAGACAUCAUUCCACAAAGUGCGGCACUCAGAAGAUAUGCAGUUUGCUUUUUCAUAUUUCUACUAUCUUAUGAGUGCAGUCCAACUACUGAACGUUUCUCAGAUCUUUGAUGAGGUUGACACGGACCAGUCAGGCAUUUUGUCUGACCGAGAGAUUCGCACAUUGGCUACGAGAAUCCACGAACUACCUUUAAGUUUGCAGGAUUUGACAGGUCUAGAACAAAUGCUAAUAAAUUGCUCUAAAGCUCUUCCUGCCAACAUCACUCAGAUCCAUGUCAUUCCACCAACUCAGGAAGCAUAUUAUGAUCCCAAUCUGCCUCCAGUGACUAAAAACCUAGUGACCAAUUGCAAACCUGUGACUGACAGAAUCCGUAAGGCAUACAAGGACAAAAACAAAUACAGGUUUGAAAUCAUGGGAGAAGAGGAAAUUGCCUUCAAAAUGAUUCGCACAAAUGUUUCUCAUGUGGUCGGUCAGUUGGACGACAUACGAAAAAAUCCCAGAAAAUUUGUUUGCCUAAAUGACAAUAUUGAUCACAGUCAUAAGGAUGCUCCAACAGUGAAAGCAGUGCUUAGAGAUUUUUAUGAAUCAAUGUUUCCAGUACCUUCCCAAUUUGAACUUCCAAGAGAGUAUCGGAAUCGUUUUCUUCACAUGCAUGAACUCCAAGAAUGGAGGGCAUAUAGAGACAAGCUCAAAUUCUGGACCCAUUGUGUUCUAGUAAUACUUAUUGUAUUUACAGUCAUCUCAUUUUUUGCUGAACAGUUAAUUGCACUUAAGCGAAAGAUUUUUCCAAGGAGAAGGAUCCAAAAGGAAGCUGGUCAUGAACAAAUCAAAGUAUAGAAGAGCUUUAUUUUGGAGAUCGGUCUACCUCAAGAUGUGAUAAGCAUUUAAAAUAUCUCUUAAGUGUCUUUUAUGGUUUGACAUUUAGCUGUGUUGAUAUGAAGAAAACAAUCAUGCAUCUGCAGUUUGAAUCUCCACAGCACACUCUUCACAAUACAAAACUGCUGGAGCUUUGACAACAAGCAAACAGAAUUGCAGGAAAUCUAUACAUAGGCAGAUUUCAUCAGGUCUUGCUUUUCAGCUGUUAGUUCAUGGCCAUGUUAUCCUUUUUUAUAAAAAGGGUUACCUAAAGAAAUAUAACUGCAUUUAUUGCAGUGGAUAUUGCCAACUAGGUAAAAUAUUGGAAGGCAAAGUUGUUUGGGAUCAGCUUAACAGGUCCUUGAUCUUGCAUUCCAAAACGUUUUGCAAAUUUUUGUCAUUGCUGCUUUUUUAGCCCUAUGGGAAAAUUGAGAAUUAGGUAGCUUAUCAAUUUAGGUGUAGUACAUGUUUAUGGAUGUUGGCAUUCUUUAAAGCAUAGUGACAAUGCGUAUCUGUAUGUGUAAUAUUUAAUUGGGCUUUUUAAGAAUUGGAUACUAAUAAAAAAACCUACUAGUGGUUAUUUGAAGGCUACAUCUGGUAUCCUUUAUUCCAAAGAAUACAAUACUGUUAUUUUUGGUUUGAUUAUAAAAGAGAGUUGUAGUCAAAUGAAACUGAUCAAGGUGUGGCAUUUUACAAGCAUUGUAAAUAUGAAACGAAAGUGCCUCUCUAUCUGAAUGAGUAAUAAACUGCUUUUAGCAAUGUGCGGGAGCAGUGUUUCACUUCAGAAAACAAUAUUUGUAAAGACACAAAGCUUUGGUGUUUUUCAAUUUAACAGGGCUUGGCCUUGUAUUUUGCUGAGAUACCAGCAUAGUGCAUUUAUAUGUGGGAAAGGAUAAAUCUUUUCAAGCAGAAAUCUUGAUGUUGUAUCUCAAAAAAAAAAUGCAUUAGCUAUUACAAUUGCUAUUUUAAAAAAGCAUUCAUUUUUUAAUCAGAUGAUGUACAAAAUGCACGUGUAUCUGUAUUGUAAGGUAACCAGUUUGCUUUGAAUUUGAAUUGUUGUAGCACUUUUUGUUGUUGCUUCUGUUUCAGGGUAAGCAAAAAUUCACCCGUUUUGAUCAAUCACCCAUUACGAAACUUUAAAAACUCUUCAUUUUCCCUUUAAAAACUUUCAGCAGUAAUUUAACGUUAAUUUGAAGCAUUAAUUGGAUUUUCAAAGUAGAAUCAACAUUCUGAGCAUUGUAAAAAUGCUUUUAAUUGUGAAGGUUUUAUUUCAUGCUGGCUAUAUAUAGUGCUGAAACACAAAUACAGCGUAUUAAAUAUACAGUAUUUUGGACUAACAGAAUACGAGACAUUGCAAGAAAACUUUCAUAGCUUCUUACACUUCAAACUAUUAUUAAGUGUAUUCAAGUUUUGACUGGGAUCUGGUUUUUAAAUUAUAUUUGGCGUUUUAAUCAAAAUAGUUGGAAAAAAAUUGAUUGGCAGUUCUCCUGCUGAAGUUCUAUAUAAAUAAACAGAUCGUUUAAACGAA